GUGCACCCGAGUCCCGGUAGUGCUCGCACCUUGGUGUGGGCACUACCCCUGACGGCGUCAUGCAACAUGGUUACGGAGGAAAACGAUGAACAUCCGCACACCGAAGACGAAAAGACACCAACUCAGGAGCGGGACAGCAAUCUUUUGGCCCGUUCCGAUAGUACGGAAAUAUUGAUUCAAAGUAGCGUCGAUGACAUCUUUGAUGUUAUUAAGGCGGGAGAGUUAGCUGAAGUGGAGAAUCUCGUGGAAAAAGUGGGUCCAGAGGCGCUCAGUGCACGGGAUAAACAUGGCUACACUCCGGCCCACUGGGGUGCGCUAGACGGGAACGUGGAGAUGAUGCGUUAUCUAGUUGAACGCAACGCUCCAGUUGAUUUGCCUUGUUUAGGAACCCAAGGCCCACGACCGAUUCAUUGGGCUUGCCGUAAGGGGCAUGCCGCGGUGGUGCAGGUUCUAUUACAAGCUGGUGUUGCUGUUAAUGCUGCUGAUUUUAAAGGAUUAACUCCUUUGAUGACAGCAUGCAUGUAUGGUAGAACUGCAACGGCUGCUUACUUGUUAGGAAUGGGAGCCCAGAAUCAUCUAACGGAUAUUAAUGGUGACACCGCUUUGCAUUGGGCUGCUUACAAGGGCCAUGCCGAUUUGAUCCGAUUGCUGAUGUACUCCGGUGUGGAUUUACAAAAGACGGAUAACUUCGGUUCAACGCCACUGCAUUUGGCCUGCCUUUCAGGCAAUUUACAGUGCGUUAAACUCCUUUGUGAAAAGCGUAACCUCGAACUUGAGCCAAGGGAUAAAAAUGGCAAAACUCCACUAAUGUUGGCUCAAAGCCAUCGUAACAACGAGGUCGUCAAACUACUACACAAUGAACUCAAAAAGAGGAAAUCCAGAUGGAUGCCGCCAGUUUCGGAGAUGUGGAGUUUACUGUUUGGAGGGGGCGGCGCUUCAAAGGGUCCACUGAUUCUGUUUCUCUUCUCAGUGCUUCUUUGGGGUUAUCCAAUGUACAUGAUAAGGUGUAUCCCAAUAACGUGGAAUAUUUUGAGGCGCUCGCACUAUUGUUUUAUCUAUUGGAACGCCGUUAUGUGGAUAAGUUGGAUCAUCGCAAAUCGGCGAGAUCCAGGCUACAUUCCAUUAAAUUCGGACACCUACUACAGAGCAAUCAAACAGAUUCCUUAUUUUGAUAAGUGGAAGAAACGAAACGUGAUUUUAUCUAGACUUUGUCACAGCUGUCGAUGUUUGAGACCGCUGCGUGCCAAACAUUGCCGAAUUUGCAAUCGCUGUGUUUCGUACUUUGAUCACCAUUGUCCAUUCAUCUACAACUGCGUGGGACUUCGUAAUCGCAUGUGGUUCCUGCUUUUUGUGCUAAGCAUUGCGAUCAAUUGCUCGUUUACGAUCUACUUCGCGUGUUAUUGUGUAAUGAUUGAAGGAUUCAGCUUGUUGUAUGUUCUGGGAUUGGUGGAAGCGUUCGUGUUCUGCGGAUUGGGAUGGAUUCUCACUUGCACAUCAAUCCUACACGCCUGCAUGAAUCUUACAACAAACGAAAUGUUCAACUAUAAGCGCUAUCCAUACCUACGCGAUAAGCGUGGUCGCUAUCAGAACCCAUUCUCUCGUGGUCCGGUUUUAAAUUUGUUUGAGUUUUUCGUUUGCCUUCCGGACCGUCAAGAUGAGCAGGACAUUAUGCUGGACGAGAAUCUUUGA